AUGAACAUAGAUAAAUAUAUAUGUAGUAAUGAAUCAGUGCAAGUUGUGACCAGUUUACGGCAUGCAGAAAUCAUGGCGACUUUCACAAAAAAAUGGAGCAGGCCGUUAUCGACCAAUGAAAUAGUUGAUAUUGUUCAUAAUUUGGAUUCGGACGAUGAAGCGACAGGUAUAGACAUUUAUAUUGAUCCCCCGGAUAUGGAUUAG